UCUCGAGACAUUUUCUAGUUUGUUGAAGUCCAUCUGAAUAGCAGCCUUGCCCUCCAGCACGUGGUAUGCUUUUCCAAAGUCCCCAGACUUUUAGAGAGCAUACUCUAGGCCCUAUCCAGGUAAUUAAAAGACUUAUAAGCAGGGCUGGCCUUGGUGUUGAUCCUCGAGGAAUGCUAUUAGUAACCGGCAGCCGGGUGAAGGUUCUAAAUGCUGGUCAUAAUCCUUUGAGCCUGGCAUUCCAGACAGUUUUCCUCCCACCUUUAUUGUCCGAUUAUCCAGGCCACAUCUCAGCACUUUGGUUCGAAGGAUGCCAUGGGAGACAGCAUGGCCCUUUGGCCUGAAGUCAAGGUGUCCCACCCACACCCCCUGCUCUCCCCUCAGCAGCAGGGCCAGUCUUUUCAUCCCAGAAGGGGAGUCAGAUUAUGUCUACUUCGAAAAUUCUUCAAGUAACCCAUAUUUGAUACGAAGAAUAGAAGAGCUCAAUAAGACUGCCAAUGGAAAUGUGGAAGCAAAGGUGGUAUGUUUCUACAGAAGAAGAGACAUAUCGAGUACACUUAUUGUAUUGGCAGACAAACACGCAAGAGAAAUGGAAGAAGAGAUGGAAAAUCCAGAAAUGGUUGAUUUACCAGAGAAACAGAAGCACCAGCUACGACAUCGUGAGUUGUUUCUCUCACGACAGCUGGAAUCUCUGCCAGCCACACACAUUAGAGGCAAAUGCAGCGUUACUCUGUUAAAUGAGACAGAAUCCCUUAAAUCAUAUCUGGAACGGGAGGAUUUCUUCUUUUAUUCACUAGUAUAUGAUCCUCAACAGAAGACCCUACUCGCUGAUAAAGGAGAGAUUCGAGUUGGAAACAGAUACCAGGCAGAUAUAACAGACUUACUAAAAGAGGGUGAGGAUGAUGGAAGAGAUCAGUCAAAACUUGAAACAAAAGUUUGGGAAGCCUUUAACCCGCUAGUAGACAAGCAGAUAGACCAGUUCCUGGUGGUAGCACGGUCUGUUGGUACUUUUGCCCGAGCGCUAGAUUGCAGUAGUUCUGUCAGACAGCCAAGUUUGCACAUGAGUGCUGCAGCAGCCUCUAGGGACAUCACACUGUUCCAUGCUAUGGACACUUUGCACAAAAAUGUCUAUGACAUUUCCAAGGCAAUCUCUGCGCUUGUGCCACAAGGUGGGCCAGUCCUGUGCAGAGAUGAGAUGGAAGAGUGGUCUGCUUCAGAGGCAAACCUCUUCGAGGAAGCGCUAGAAAAAUAUGGAAAAGAUUUCACUGACAUUCAGCAAGAUUUUCUCCCAUGGAAGUCCUUAACAAGCAUAAUAGAAUAUUACUAUAUGUGGAAAACUACAGACAGAUAUGUUCAGCAGAAACGAUUGAAAGCAGCAGAAGCAGAAAGCAAGCUAAAACAAGUGUAUAUACCCAACUAUAACAAGCCAAACCCCAACCAGAUCAAUGUAAAUAAUGUCAAACCAGGAGUGGUAAAUGGUACUGGAGUACAGGCACAGAACACGGGAGCAGGACGGGCCUGUGAAAGCUGUUAUACCACACAGUCUUACCAGUGGUAUUCUUGGGGUCCCCCUAACAUGCAGUGUCGUCUCUGUGCAUCCUGUUGGACCUACUGGAAGAAAUACGGUGGCUUGAAAAUGCCAACACGGUUAGAUGGGGAGAGACCAGGACCAAACCGCAAUAAUUUGAGUCCUCAUGGUGUGCCAGUACGAAAUAGUGGGAGUCCCAAGUUUGCUAUGAAGACACGACAAGCUUUCUAUCUCCAUACAACAAAACUGACAAGAAUUGCCAGACGUUUAUGUCGAGAUAUCUUGCGCCCUUGGCAUGCUGCAAGACACCCCUAUCUGCCUAUUAACAGUGCAGCAAUCAAAGCAGAAUGCACAGCACGUUUACCUGAGGCAUCAGAAAACCCACUGCUAUUAAAGCAAGUGGUUCGAAAGCCUUUAGAAGCAGUACUCCGGUAUUUAGAGUCUCAUCCAUGUCCUCCGAAACCAGAUCCUGCAAAGAGCUUGUCCAGUUCUCUCAACAGUCUGACUCCUGCUAAGUUUACACCUGUCAUUAAUAAUGGGUCCCCAACUAUCCUGGGAAAAAGAAGUUAUGAACAACACAAUGGAAUGGAUGGCAACAUGAAGAAGCGCCUGUUGAUGCCUAGCAGGGGAACUUACUUAGGUCUGCCUAACCACGGACAAACCAGACAAAUGGGACCAAGCCGAAACUUGCUGCUCAAUGGGAAAUCAUACCCAACAAAAGUCCGAUUAAUUCGUGGUGGAUCCAUGCCUCCAGUGAAAAGGAGGAGGAUGAACUGGAUUGAUGCACCAGAUGAUGUUUUUUACAUGGCCACUGAAGAAACCAGGAAAAUCCGCAAGCUGCUUUCCUCUUCUGAAGCCAAGCGAGCCGCCAGACGCCCUUACAAGCCUAUUAUCCUCCGGCCCAUCCAGGCAGUGCAGCUACGCCAGCCCAUGAAUGAUGAACCCAUAAUCAUUGAGGAUUAACACACGCCGAGCAGCUCUCUAGAUGACAGUGGAUCUGCCUGAAAGAAUCUCUACUCCAAUAUAUACUUGAGUUUCUAUGGCUACAGCGUUGAACUAACUGUUGAAGAGAGGGAACUUUUGAGGAACUGUUUUGCAUCUUUUAAACCCUUAAAAGGAACUCAGCCCUGCUCUGAGCCUCUGACCACAGACUGCUCUCUCUCUCGCGCGCGCUCUCUCCUUAGCUCUCCUUUCUUUUUCUUCUUUUUCUUUUUUCUUUUUUUUUCUUUUUUUCUUUUUUUUUCUUUUUUUUAAUUUUUGGUAGCCUCUUUUCCCCUUUGCUUCUACCCCUUUUGUAGACGGGGAGGGAAAGUAAGUUUAACUUAUUAAGAGAAUGUGGACUAGUACUUUUUAGCUUUGUUUCCUCUUCUGAUGUACGAAGAGCUAGAACCCUUCAUUUUGUGACUGAGCUCUCGUUGCAAAGCCAUUUUUACAAGGCUGUGUUGUAAGAUUUUUCUUUUUUUUUUUUUCUCUAAUUUUGUGGACGGUGCCAUUUUUUAUUUCAUUUAUAUUAUUUCUUUUGUAGAUAAGUUUCCAACCUUUAACUGAUAUUUGGAAAUAGGAGCUGGAAGACAGCCCCAGGUUCAGCCAGUUUUCUUUGGUCCUGUCCCUUAUGUUUUUUGGAUCAUUUUGCACGGCCAGUUGUGCUCAUGCACAAGACGGAAACAACUCAGGCUGAGAAAGGAGUGAGCUAAGAACUGAAGAACCUUGCAGAACAUUACACUAACGAGUGCAGUGGAGGCCAGGCUACCAGAAUUAGGUAUCCUUACUAUAGUCAAUCCCUGGGAGAUCUGACCCGGUGCAUUUCUCCCAGUAACCAGCAGUUUGCGUGCUGCCUUCUCUCUGGAAUCCUAUAUGCUGUUAUACCACCAAGAUCCAGCAGUAGGCCCAGCAGUCCAGCAAGUGUAAUGAAUUGCUUUGCUCUGGCUCCAAGAGUCAAGUACACCAAUGCCCAGGGACAUUUUGCUUAGAACUCUGAACCUGUUUGUGCAUCAGUGGUUUUGGACACAUCUCUCCCAGGGUGAGACCUGGUUUCUCUUUAAUUGCGUUACUGUAUGUUUCCCAUUUUGAAGGGAAUUUAAAUUACAGCUGAGUUUUCAUUUGAACACAUUGUGUCUGAAAUUUAAGUGGUUUUUUCCCCCUUGACAUUUCUUGUGUUUGAGGUUUCUUGCAUCUCUUGAACUUCUUAUGUAUUUGCAAGUCUGUAUAAUUUCUUUUUCAUAUGUCUUCUCAUAGCAGUGCAUUUGCUGAAUGCCCUGCUCUGUUUUGAAAGGAUGUAAACUAUCAUUUGCAACUUGUGCUGAUCUGUACAUGUACCUGCCUCAAGCAGACACAGCAUGUAAUAACCCCCAAGUCAUUCCAUAUGUGUCAGCGGUGAGAUGAGCCAAAGUUGUAUUUGGGUUAUCACAGUCCAACCGUGAUUCUGUGCAACUCUGCUAACCCACCAGGUUAGACGGAAAGGAAUCCCCACAAAAUGAAAACAAUUCAGUUAACUUUACUUAAUAAACCUGGAAAGUGAGCUUUUGUGAAA